CCAAGUAGGGUGAGCAACAAUUAGCGAUCUUUCAGGAAACUAAUUCAUGAUUGUUCGAGUAGAAGAAGUAGUCAUUAAUCUAGUUCUGUUCUUAAUCAAGAGACCAAUUGAAAGAAAGAUCGCUGUGUGGAUCACAAAGUUAAUCCUGAAGCAAGAACAAAAGAAUCUGUGUCUGGAUCACAAUACUUGUUUCAACAAGCGUGCAAAUAAAUGAAAGAAAUAUACUAAUACAAAAGUGUGAAGCUAGGUACCAAAAGCAAUCCUAUUGCUUAUUCAUCCAGUAUCAGUUGAUUCAGUUGUAUAUGUAUAUCAACAACAUCAAAACCUUUCUUUUAUUUCUGCACCAAUUCUAUGAAUGGCGGAACAAAGGCCAAUGUUCCGAUUUCGCCUCCCUUGGAUGAUUGCUUCAGCCCCUCCUACUGCAGGCGCAACUCCUAGCCCUCCCCACAAUGAAGCCCCUUCAACCACAGAGCCAAAUGUCAAGCCCAUGGAGCCUGCCCAAAGACCUUUCAGGCUUCAAAGUGUAGCCCCGGCACAACCAUCUCCUCAGGCGCCACCAAAGAUAUCUGCAGCACCAGAAACCAAGACUCAAUCCCAAUAUUCUUAUCAGCCAACAUGGCCCUCUAAAAUGCAUACACAAAUUGAUUCUCAGCUCCCUUCACCGGCCUUGUCAUCGCCUCAGUAUAGCGCCACUUCUCAGCUCCCAUCACCAUCAUUCACUACACCUCUCUUCAGUUCUGCUUCUCAACUCCCAUCACCUCAGAGCAGUACUGCCACUUCUCAAGAACAAGAUAAUUCCCAGCUCCCAUCACCUAAAUCCGCCCCUCGGCCCUCAUCACCUAUAUCUUCCCCUCAGCACUCACCACCGAUGUCCUCCCCUCAGCCCUCAUCACCUAUCUCCUCCCCUGAGCCGUCGUCUACUCAAGUGAGAGAACCCUCUCAAACCUCAUUAACAUCCACAAAUGUACAACCAACAGCAAGUUCAGAAACUCGUCUCCCAAAUGUACAUAUCUCGAAGCCACAAUUACCAGAGGAUCUGUCCAACAAAGAAAUUACACCAAGUGUAACAUCAAAAUCCUCGAUGGAAGCAACCGCUCAACAGACUAGCAAUGCUGCAAAGCCUCCGGAAUCAUCAGGUCCUUUAGCAGCUAAUGCAGGACCUCCCGGAAUAGUUAAAGAGAUGCCUCCGCAUAAAAUCAGAUCAGACGAAACUUUAAUGGCACAUGAAGAACCUAAGCAGAAGACAAUGAAUGAGGCAACAACUUCAAAACAUGGCAACCUGGUUGGAAAACAAACUAAAAGCAUGAAACCAACAAACAACAAAGGAGCAUCCAUGCAAUUGUCAAGUGGAGAUCGAGCUUCCUUCCAAGAAGAGAUCAGAAGUGACAUUUCUAAGCUAGUUGAUAAGAUGGCUACAGCUAAUCCAGAGAAUUUUAAAGAUGAAAAGGGAAGCCUUGUAACCUUGGUUGGUAAAAACAAAGGAGCAUCCAUGAAACUAGGUUUUGAUUUGGUAAGAAGAGGAAAGGAGCUCAAAAUAGACGAUGGAAACAGCAAAGAAGACCAAAUGACAGAAGCAGUUAUUAAUAACAAUGUCCAAGAUAUCAAUAACUCGAUUCUGAUGAACAGUUUCAUCGCUGAAAGGAGUCCUGGUGUUCACCUAGCUCUCCAUUACGAUGCAACAGAGCUCAUCACGUCUUAUGAUAAAGAAGGGUCCCCCGAGGCACGUAAGGGAACGUCAACUCUACCACUUCCCAAAAGCCCUAUGAGCCUACCACCAGAGGGAGAUCCCUGAGGCUGAGAGAGCAGUCCCUUGCGGAAAUCAUGCUGGAUCAUUUAAAGAUCAUGCAGUGCUUCAGCUUCAUGCAGUUAUGGUGACAGUGAUUAGAACAAAACUUAACAAGUCUCUAACAGGGCCAGAGCUUAUAUCAUAAGCAAUCAGUAGUAAUAAGGAUCUACAUGAUCCACAUGACAUACUGUAAAAUGCAUUUUUAUUGUAUUUUGGAGUUACAUGGCUUU